AUGGUUCAAGAGAGGUUAGAGCAGGCGGAGCCGAACACGAAAGCGCCUUUUGCCGGCGAGCAAGAGGGAAAAAAACGGGUCGGUUUCCAGAAACUUACGAGAGAGAGAGAGGACAUAGAUGAAGUGUUGCAGUCACAUACUGUUUAUUCAAACUUGUCCAAAGGAAUUCUUGCCAAAUCAAAAGACUUGAUCAAGUCCUUUGGAUCUGAUGAUCACACCAAGAUAUGCUUGGACAAAGGUGAGCUUCAAGUUGCUGGAAAAGAGAGGGAAUCACAGUUCUCAAGCCAGUUUCGGGAUAUUGCUACCAUUGUAAUGCAGAAAACCCUAAACCCUGAAACCCAACGCCGUUAUACCAUUAGCAUGGUAGAGCGUCUUAUGCAUGAAAUCCAUUUUGCUGUUGAUCCUCAUAGCAAUUCCAAGAAACAGGCUCUUGAUGUUAUCCGUGAGCUGCAGAAGCACUUCCCUAUAAAGCCUUCUCCAAUGAGGCUGCGUCUCACCGUUCCUGUUCAAAACUUCACCUCGCUUCUGGAUAAAGCUAAAAGAAUGGGGGACAUUUGGAUUGUCUCCUAAGACGAAUCGGGAACCCAAAUGUCCACUGUCUGUGAGAUGGAACCGGGACUAUUCCGAGAAUGUGAUUCCCUUGUGAGGAAUAUGCAGGGGAGAUUAGAGAUACUCGCUGUAUCAGUUCAUGCUGAAGGUGACACAAGCAUGAAUCAUUACGAUGAUUAUGAUGAUAUGGCAUUGCAGACGAACAAGCUUGAACUUAGCAAGAAAAUGGAGAAGCAAGAGAUGGGUACAAAGAAAGAAGAAGGAACCAAGUGCAGCACUUGCAACACCUUCGUUGGGGAAGCUAAGCAAUACAGAGAGCAUUGUAAGAGUGAUUGGCACAAACACAACUUGAAGCGUAAGACGACGCGUAAACUGCCUCCUCUUACUGCCAUGGCUGAGAUUGAUAUGGACGACUCCAAAGCAGAUUUGAAAGACUUAACUCUUUCUGAUUUUAAAUGCAGUGCCUUCUUUGUUGAUGUUAAAUGCAAUAUCUUGUGGAGCUGAUCAAUGAGUUUUUCCCCAUAAUGCAUGUAAUGAAUUUUGCUAACUGCUGCAGUUAACAGGAGUUAUGCAUUGUUUGGAUCGAGAGAAAGGCUACUAGGCUAGUCAGAAUUUAGGAAAGUUUCGUCAACACAUCGAGAUAAACUGAAGGAUACACAGCACAUGAUCCAUUGCCUCCAUGAUGAUGCAACACCCAUAGAAAGAUGUACACUAUAACUAUAAAAGCAUUAAGAAAACAAACUCCCCAAGAUUGAGAAGAACAAAAAAAAAAA